GAAGGCUCAGCAGGGGGACCUUUUCUUCUGCACGCAUUCGGGGGCGGGGCUUCUGCCUGGGGUGGCGGGUUUUCGUCUUUUUUUCCACCUUUUUUUAGGGCAUUGAGUCCUGAGUCGGGACCGAAGAGGAAAGAACGGACGAGGAGAGGCGUUGGCUCCGCUGCCCAGAGGCGGCUGGGAGGCCCCCUGAGCCCCUCGUUGACGGCGGUGCCCUCGUUCCCGCCCCGCCCGCCGCCUCUCCCGGCUCCGUUCUUCUCACAGCCGGUGACCGAGGCCGCGCGGAUGAGGCCGGCUCAGGGUCCCACAGCAGUGGCAGAAGUGGUUAUGGACCCCUUACAGUUUUGGCAGGACUGUGUGGUCUUUGAGGACGUGGCUGUGUACUUCUCCCAGGAGGAGUGGGGCCUCCUUGAUGAAGCUCAGAGACACUUGUACCAUGCUGUGAUGACGGAGAACUUUGCACUUGUGACCUCCAUAGGUUGUUGGCAUGGAGCCCUGGGUGAGGAGGCAUCUUCUGAGCAAAGUGUUUCUGUAGGGAUGUCAGAGGUUAGGACUCCAAAGCCAGACCCAUCCUCCAGGAAGGCCCAGCCCUGUGAGAUGUGUGACCCACUGUCCAAAGGCCUUUUGCACCUGCCUGAGCAUGACAGAAUGUACCCUGAUCAAGGGCUGUAUGUUUGUGGGGCAAAUAUUUUCCAGCACCAGAAGGAGCAGAUUAGAGACAAACUUUGCAGAAGGGAUGCGGGCCAGCCUUCAUUUUGGACCAACAGCAGCAUUCACACGGUAGAGAGGAGCUUGACAUGUCGCAGAGGCAGAAAGGACUUCCCAGACAGCACAGGCCUGCUGCAGCAGCCAGCCCCUCACAGUGUGGGGAAGCCACACAGGGACACUGAGUGUGGAGAAGCCUUUGGUAGUAGACAGAGUGAUUACAAGUGCACGCAGUGUGGGAAAGCCUUCAGCCGAGAAAAAAUACUCUUUGAGCACCAGAAAACCCACACUGGUGUAAGGUUUUAUGAGUGCAGCAAAUGUGGGGAAUUCUUCAAGUACAGUGCCAACUUCAUAAAACAUCAGAGAAUUCACAAUGGAGAAAGCCCUUAUGAGUGCAGAGAAUGUGGAAAAUUUUUUCGAUAUAACUACAGACUGGUAAGACAUGAGAGAAUUCACACCGGAGAAAGGCCAUAUGAGUGCAGCGAAUGUGGGAAAUCGUUCAUGUAUAACUCCACAUUCAUUAGACAUCAGAGAGGUCACAUUGUAGGAAGGCCUUAUAAGUGCAGUGAAUGUGGGAAAUUUUUUAAGUAUAACUCCACGCUCGUUAAACAUCAGAGAGUUCACACUGGAGAAAGGCCUUAUAAGUGCAGUGAAUGUGGAAAAUUCUUUAGGUACAACUCUGCAUUCAUUAAACAUCAGAGAGUUCACAGCGGAGAAAGGCCUUAUGAGUGCAGUGAAUGUGGAAAAUUCUUUAGGUACACCUCCACACUCACUAGACAUCAAAGAAUUCAUACUGUAGAAAAGCCUUAUAAAUGUGACGAAUGUGGGGAUUUCUUUAAGUACAAGUCCAAGCUUAUUAAGCACUGGCAAAACCACACUGGAGAAAGGUCUUACGAGUGCAGUGAAUGUGGGAAAUCCUUUAAGUACCACUGCAGACUCAUUAGACAUAAGAGAGUGCACAGUGGAGAAAGGCCUUAUGAGUGCAGCGAAUGUGGGAAAUUCUUUCGUUACAACUCCAACCUCAUUAAACACUGGAGAAAUCACACCGGAGAGAGGCCUUAUGAGUGCAGAGAGUGUGGGAAAGCCUUUAGCCACAAGAAUGUACUUCUUCAGCAUCAGAAAACCCAUACUGGUGAAAGGCCUUAUGAGUGCAGAAAAUGUCGGAAGGCCUUCAUUAGGAAGUCUCACCUCAUGCAUCACCAGAAAAUCCACAAUGAAGAUGAUAUGAGUGCCCUUAAUGUGGAGAACUCUAGAUACAACUCCAACCUCACUGAGUAGAGAAUUCACAGUGGUAAAAACCUCAUGAGUUCAGAGAAUAUGGUAAACUCUUUAGGUACUACUCCAAACUCUUUACACUGCAGAAGAACCUUAUGAGUUGACGUUGGAGUGGGUGUUGUGAGUACAGAAAAUAUGGGAAAUUGGUACAGCUCCCCACUCAUUAGACAUAAGGAUUUCACAGUAGAGGAAGUCCUUCUGAGUGCAGUGAAUGUGGAUAAGUCUAGGUGAAACGUCAGCCCCAUUGCACAUCAGAUAUUUCACAAUGGAGAAAGACCUUAUGAGUGCAGUGAAUAUGGGCAUAUAUUCAGCCACAACUUCCACCUCAUUCAGUGCCGAAAAGUUCCCAACAGAGUAAGUGUUGCAAAUGGGGAAAGACUUCACUAAAAUAUCUGCUAAAUCUAUCCUUAAUAGUAUCCUAAAUAUAAUGAGUUUUUUUUUUUUUUUACAUUUAACAUUUUUGAUUGUGGUAAAAUAUAUGUAACAAAGUUUACCCUCUACCUUUCUAAUUGUACGGUUUAGUGUGUUUAAAAAUUCAAAUAUUUGCAUAACUAAUCUCCAGAAUUCUUUCAUCUUGCAAAAAUGAAACUAUACGUAUUAAACAACAUCUCCUCCUACGCCCUCCCUAUCGGACUUGUAUCUAUGAAUUUUAUUGCUCUGGCUACUUUAUAUAAGUGUAAUCAUAUAUUUUUCAUCUCUUUGUGACUGGCUUGUUUAGCUUAGUGUAAUUUCCCCAUGUUGAAGCAUCUGUCAGCAUGUCCUUCCGUUUUGAGAAGGAAUCAGAAUUGACCCACCUAAGACAUAGGGAAGUGUGCUGAUGGAGUCAGUACUACCUUGCCAGAUAUGAUAUUUGUAGAGGAAGAGAUCCAGAUCAUAUUAACACCUUUAUUGUGGCACUGACAUACAAUACACAGCACUUAUUAAAAGUGUAAACUGUAUUUUCACAUGUGUACAUAAUGGGACCAUCACCAAAGUCUUGAUGAUAUGUCCGUUAUAGAGUUUCCAUUGGCCCCUUUGUAUUCUCUCUCUCAGCCCUAGCCAAGCUGCCAUCUCUAGGGAGACAUUAUGGUUUUGUUUUGUUUUUUGGCUGCGCGACACAGCUUGCACAAUCUUUCACUGGGCCCUAGGCAGUGAAAGCGUGGAGUCCUAACCACUGGACCACCAGAGAAUUCCCAGUAUAUGAGGCUGAGUCA